CCUUUAAAUUAAACCAAUUAAUUAUUGCAAUAAUUACUCAUCCUAGUGUUGCACCUACACGCAAAUCCGGUGAAUAACUAUUUCAAUUUCCUUUAGUGUAUUUACAAAUUAAUCCAGUAGUGUAAAGUUGGCCAAGCAUUCAACAUGAUUCGGGGUGUAGUACUCGUCGUGGUCUUGGUGAUUGGUGUCAUAAUAAAUGAAGGAAAAUGCGAACCAUCGACUCUACAGGCGACUCUCAAUAAUCAAUAUUAUUUAGGAUCCGGGGUCGGCCAAUCAAAUGUAAAAAAUUAUAAUGCCAUAGAACAUACUUUAAGUGAAGAAGAAAACAAGAUCGUACAGGAUGUCUACAGUCCAGACUACUAUGAACCUAAUAUUAUAUUAGACUACAGAUAUUUAAAGACGGGCGGCAGAGGUUACGCCAGAAGUGACGGAGGGCAAAUCCUUAUCCUACCAAAGAGAAACCAAAUGCCUAAUUUAUACAACAACUAUGAUACGCUCAUUGAAUAUUUACGCCUGAAACAUCAGAAUCAAAUAAAUCAGUACUGGAAAAUGGAUCCUCAAGAAACGUCGAAAGGGGAAGACGCUAUUUACAAAUCUUUUGCUGACAAAGGCUGGGCCGCAUACAUCCGUUAAACGUUUCGUGACAAAAUAAUAUUUUAUAUUCCAUUGAAAUAUUUGAUAAUAAAUAAUUCAUAUUAUCAUACAUUUAAUAAAAUGGUUCCUAUCGAA